AUGACAGCAAAAUCCAUAAAAAAAAAUGGCGGUUCGGCUUUGAAACGUCUCAAGACGACGCUGAAAGAAGCCGGGAUCAUAGGUCCGAAUUCUCGCUCGGGAAUCAGCAAAAAACAGAAAAGAAAAGGAGAGCCGAAAGAAAUUGGUAAAAAUAAUAUAAAGUCCAAGAUCGGUCACAUAAACGGUAAGGUGAACCCGUUCGAGUUGAAAGUCACGAGGACGAAGCACAAUGUUUUGGGAAAGAAGGUCAAAGGUGUUCAAGGAAGACCGGGUUUAAAACGUCAGAUCGGUGUCGAAAAGCGCAAGAAAACACUACUCGUUGAAAUGGAAAGUAAGAAUAAAGUAGGUGGAGUAGUUGAUCGACGAUUCGGUGAAAAUAACCCCGACAUGCCACCUGAAGAGAAGAUGCUGGAGAGAUUUACAAGAGAGAAGCAGAGACAAUCAAAAUCAUCAUUAUUCAACCUUGAAGACGAAGAAGACCUGACACACUAUGGCCAAUCUUUGUCCUUAAUUGAUGAUUUUGAUGAACCGAAUCUGGCACCGAGCGAUGAAGAAGAAGACAAGGGAAUGAUCGAUCAGGACAUUGAGUCUGAACGUAAAAAAUCGAAGGCCGAAGUUAUGAAAGAGGUUAUCGCAAAGAGUAAGAUGUAUAAGUAUGAACGUCAGUUCGAAAAAGACGAAGACAAUCGCGUAAGAAACGAAUUGGAUAACGAACUUAAUGAGAUCCGUGAUCUUCUUAUCGUCCCUCCUAAUCCAAGAACCGAAUCUACGGAAUCAGCAUCUAAAAGGUUGGUGUCAGAUAAGGAGAAAUCCGAAAAAAAUGACAAAGAUGAUGAGUAUGAUCGAAUUGUACGCGAGUUAGUAUUUGAGAAACGUGGGAGGCCAACUGACAGAACUAAGACUGAAGAGGAAAUAGCCCUUGAAGAAAAAGAGAAGCUCGAAAAAUUAGAGGAUACCAAUGAUUAUUCAUCCGUCGCAUCUUCAAAGAAAACAAGCAAAUUACCUCGUAAACUUGGUACUACGAAGGUUGAAGGAAAGGAACUGGCAUAUGUUUUUCCAUGCCCGGAAUCCCUUGGAGAGCUCUUGGAAAUUCUAAAAGACAUUGAUGAUGAAAACAUUCCGACCGUCAUGCAUCGUAUUCGUGUUUUGCAUAAUGUUAAGCUUUCCGCGGAUAAUCAAGAAAAGCUGGAGAAAUUCUUCCAAGCCCUUAUUGAUUACAUCCUAAAUCGUGUUGCUCAAGAAAAUCCCAUACCCAUGGUGCUCAUCAAUAAACUUGUGGUUCAUGUAUUCGAUCUGGCGAAUCAAUUUCCGGAAACUGCCAGAAAUUAUUUUAUCACCGAAAUUUCGCUGAUGCAAAAUAGUUUUAUGAAAAAGUUAGGUUCACCGAACAAUAAAUCAUUUAACUCAUUUCUCCCCACCAUUUCGGAGCUUGUUUUGUUGAGGAUUUUGUCACUAGUGUUUCCAACUUCCGAUUUUCAUCAUGCGGUGGUCACACCAGCGACUUUGUUGAUGGGACAAUACUUGGCACAAUGCCCUCUGCUAUUUGGUCGCGAUCUGAUAGCAGCCAUUCAACAUCAUCACUUACUCUUUCUCAUGAUCUCCACCCGCAAGUUUCAAACUUUAUCACAACGCAUUUAUCCCGAAGUUCUCAAUUUCUUAAAUACCGCACUUGCCUAUCUUGCACCGAAAGGUACUUUCACCUCCGCGAAAUCUAUCCCAGGAACAUUUCCGAUUUCCGAAAAAAUUGAAACCGACAUUCAGAUUGAGGAUGCAAGUAAUAUUAAGGAUGUGCGUCCAUUAGAUUUUUCAAGGUUAUUGGGGCAGACAACUACCAAAAACAAUGAUAUAUUCAACAGAGACGAAUUCAGAAUUUCAGCAUUAAGCUCUAUAUUACAUCUGGUUGAAAAAUACGCAAAGUUAUACAGUUCGACAGCUGCAUUUAUCGAACUUUUUGAUGCAACAUAUAAAAUCCUGUUACUUUAUCCCAUUGAUAAAUUCUCCAAAGUGAUCAAGACAAAAUUAGCGGACGUGCUUGGAAAACUGGAAAGACUUCGGAAAUUUGCAAAGCAAAGUCGUAAGCCUUUGGAAUUACAGCAUCACCGUCCUAUUCCACUUCCAACAUACAUACCGAAAUUCCGAGAGAAAUUCUCUGUUGAUAAGCAUUAUGAUCCGGAUCGUGAACGUGCAAAAUUAAAUAAACUCAAGUCGCAAUAUAAGAAAGAACGCAAAGGAGCGAUCCGAGAAUUACGCAAGGAUAGUCAAUUUGUUGCAAGGCAUAAUGUCGAUAAGGCGAAAGCGAGAGAUGCGGUGUAUAAAAAGAAAAUUAAUAGUAUCAUGGGCAUACUCGAAACCGAACAAGGAGAGAAAAAGGCUCACGAGAAAGCCAAAAAGUAUGGCAAAUUAUAA